CAACAACAGCACUAAUAAAAUACACCAAAUUAGGUGAAAAAUAUGCUCUGCAUGCUUCACUAACUCUUACACUUUGCACACCAGCGCUCAGCAUGUCCUCACUCUCAUUAGAGGCAAAGUAGGAAGUUGAUAUGUAGAUUUAGACUAAGCUGUUGGUGGGUGAGUGUAUACUUUCAUGCUACGUUUGUGCUAUUUGUGACCAUCAGUUUAUAACGUGGGCGACUAUAAAGCCUCUAAACUAUGCAAUGCAUUCAGCCCAGCGUCAUUUCUCAGUAUAGAAUCACUUUUGUGUUAAUAAUUGUGGUAAUAAUCUGGUGCAGAGGGGCAUUUGUUUCUGUGGGAUAAUGCAACAUUGUUGACAAAACCAACUCGGUUCAUGGCUAUUAAACAUUUGUGCAAAGUGUGUAGAGUGAUGUUCAGAAUACAGUACAGUUUUAUUAAAUAAAUCUAAAUGUAUGUGAAAAGGGAUGCUGUAAUGAGAACUAAAUACAAAAUAACACAGGAAGUGCAUCACAGUAGUUGUCUGUGUGAUAGCGUAUGACCAGUCAAGACUGGGCUGAGACUUAACCUAAUAUCCAGUGAGGCAUCCUCGAGCUUCUCUGUUGGCUUCUGCAGUUGAGCAGCACUCACCUCGAAAACUGUGAAGACAGAAUUUGCUGCAACAGUUCUGUAGGAAUAAGGCUCCCUCAGCGUGAGAAGAAAGUGUUGAUGGCUAUGGAGCCAAAAGGGUCAGUGACGUCCCUCCAGGACAAACCGAAGCCUCGAUGGAGCGUGGGCUCCAGCACCAGUCUUCAUUACGGCUCCUUCGUAAACAGCCUUGCAUCGCUUACACCCAAGGCAGAAAUCAGUCCAGCCAUAUCACCCAAACGCGCCUACAUAGCUGUAACUGUGCUGUGCUACAUCAACUUACUCAACUACAUGGAACGGUACACGAUUGCAGGCGUGCUCUCCGACAUUCAGAUCUACUUUAAUAUAAGCGACAGUACAGCUGGACUCCUGCAAACAGUUUUCAUCUGCAGCUUCUUACUCUUGGCCCCUGUCUUUGGAUACCUCGGGGACCGCUACAACCGAAAAUACAUCAUGAUUGUUGGUUUGACUGUGUGGCUGGGGACGGCGGCAGGGAGCUCCUUUGUGAAUGAGUCUCAGUUCUGGCUUCUGAUGCUGCUGCGUGGCCUCGUUGGGAUCGGAGAGGCCAGCUACUCCACCAUUGCUCCCACCAUCAUCAGUGACCUCUUCACUGGGGGCAGAAGGAGUGUUGUGAUCUGUAUUUUUUACAUCUUUAUCCCUUUUGGAAGCGGUCUGGGAUACAUAACAGGUGCCGGGUGUGCAACCAUCACAGGAGAUUGGCACUGGGCUCUCAGGAUCACUCCCAUUUUGGGUGUACUGGGCCUUGUUCUGCUGAUCUUCUUGUGCCCUAACCCACCCAGAGGUGCUGCAGAAACCCAGGGAGAGGGAGUCACAGGGGAGAGCUCGUACCUGGAGGACAUCAAGUAUCUUCUGAAAAAUAAAAGUUACGUGUGGUCCUCCUGUGGAGUGACGGCUCUGACCUUCCUCACCGGAGCCUUCGCUUUCUGGAUGCCAACCUUCCUGUCCAGAGCUCAGGUCGUGCAGAACCUCACAGCGCCGUGCACCCAGGAGCCGUGUAACACCAGAGACAGUUAUAUCUUCGGUGCCGUGACAGUGGUGACAGGGAUUCUGGGAGGGGCUCUGGGCACGGGAUUAUCCAGAAAGUUUAGGGACAAGGUGCCAAACGCGGACCCACUCAUCUGUGCAGUCGGCAUGCUGGGGUCGGUCCCGUGCCUCUUCAUCACCAUCUUGGUGGCUUCGUCAAGCAUUCCAGUCACUUAUGUUUUCAUUUUCUUUGGUGAAUUGCUGUUGGCGCUGAACUGGGCUGUGAUGGCUGACAUACUGCUGUACGUUGUCACGCCAACCAGGAGGUCAUCAGCCGAGGCGCUCCAGGUCACGGUGGGUCAUCUCCUCGGUGAUGCUGGGAGUGCUUAUCUUCUAGGAGCGAUCUCUGACGCUAUAAGGAGUUCUAAGCUUCCAACGUCCAACACUGACUGGAGAUUCAGCAGCCUGAUGUACAGCCUCCUGAUCUGCCCUUUUGUGGGGAUCCUUGGAGGAGGGUUUUUUCUCGUGUGUUCCCGUUACAUUGAAGAAGACAGGAAGGCAGCUCAGCUACUGGGUGGAGCAGAAGACCCCCCGCCACAGCAAUAUCCUGCACGUGGGUCCCUGGAACUGGGCAGUAGGAGUAAUGAGUAGAGCUGUGAAUAUUUCCAGGUGAUGUAGAAGACUUUAAAAAAAAUUAAAAUGAUUUUACACCCACACACUGUUGGCAGAUGCAGAAAAAACACUGUCAGAUGGUUGAUGAUGUCACUCAGGUACUAUAUACAGAUGUACAGUAUGUUUAUAGUGAAUUUGUAUUUUUUUUGUUGUAAUUGUUUUGUGCAAAAUCAUAAAUUUACCUCAACAGUGUUAAAGGUCUGUACAGCAUAAAGCAGCCAUACUGAGCAUCAUCUGCACAGACUCUUCUUUUGUGAAUGUCCCAGCUAACAGUAGAGCUGCUGUUUCCCAACCAAGACCAGAGGAUUUUAUUUACUUCCUGUCUACUGUGUGUAACCGUUAAUUCCACAAGAUGGCGCUGCUGCUUUACUAUCAAAUGAAUGAAGCUCCCAUCAUCCGUUAGUGAGGGCCAAAGGCUUUAAUCUGUGUUUACGUUUGCAGCUAAAAAAAAACGUCAUGUGUAUAAUGUGCAGAUCCACUGAGGUUUAAGGUCCCUCAGUGUUUCAAGCGACGCAUUUAUAUCUAAAUAGACAGAUUAAACAGAAAAUGUUCAAAGAAAAUGUAAGAAUAUUUUGGCAGCUUUACAAAUGACAUGAAAAUGUUUUCUGUGGAUUAAUCUUUUUUUGAAUGAAGUGUGGUUAAAUGAA